GCGCAGUCGGACGUGGCCGUUAUUUUAACGGCUAUUAUGGCGGGUUAUUAAUGAUCCUGCGUGAUUAACAGCGCACGAUUAAUCGCGCGUCAUUAGCGGCGCGCGAGCGCUCCCACGGCUCCUCGACGCGUUUUUUUUUGCUUUUGGGCCAGCGCGCGAGCACGCGCUGCGCGAGAGAGCGGACUUAGUUUAACAUGAAUCGGAGUGUACGCGGAUGCUGCCGGUGUGCGAACGGCGUGUGAGAAGAAGAAGGGCAGCCAGCGGAGCGGUGGUGCCGGGUGCGACGCGGAGGCAGGGAGGGAUGGAUUAUGGGUCCAAUGCGGUUCGGCUCGGUGUUCGCGUUGCUCGCUUUGAUCAGUGUCUCCGGAGCUCGAACUUCAACAACAGCCGGAAGAAUGUGCAGCGCCUUCUCCACCGUGGGCACCGUGGUCCGGCUGGGGUCCACAUUUGGAGUGUACUGCGUGUUUCGGCAGAGCAACGAAGGCGACUGCGCGAAAACCAAAAUGCACAUGUUCCUGGACAAGAGGAAGAUCUCGGAAACCAGGAAGCACAACGCGACAACUUUGUUUUUCCAGAUCAAAAACAUCGACGCGAACCGAAGCUUUGCUUGUAAGUGUGACGGAGUGUGUUGCCUGGAGCCGUGCGGGCUGGAUCUCAUCGCUGGCUAUCCGCCUGACGUCCCUCGAAAUCUGACCUGCGUGCAGGAGGGCGUUCGUGGAAAUACAACAUGCGCGUGGAAGACCGGAAGGGAUCCCCGCAUUGAAACCACGUCAUAUUUGAUGAUGAAGAGUAGCGCACAUAACGAGACCAAAAGACUUCAGCCUGACCUCACUUUUGGUGGCACUGCCUCGGUGACUCUAAGGCUGUUGCACUCGCAGUCCCUAUACACAGUUUGGGUGACUGUGUCCAACAGCCUGGGGAAUGUGUCCUCUGCUCAGCUGCACUUCGCACUUGCUGACAUCGCGAAGCCCUCGGCCCCAGUUAUCACACGGGUGAACUGCGAUUCUUCGUUCUGUGUCCUCCACUGGGAAGAAAAGCAGGCCUCGCAGCUGCUCCAGAUUCAGCACAGAGCCGUUCACGGAAACUGGAUCAGUUCCUCCAUUAGCGGAAAUGAAAAGCAUCUGAAUGUGACUAACCUGGAGCCCUUUACAGAGUAUGAGUUUCAGAGCAGGUGCACGUUGAGCACUGAGAGAGAAGUCUGGAGUGACUGGAGCCAAGUUGUUAAGAGAAGGACAGAGGAAGAAGCGCCCCAGAAGGAACCCGACGUUUGGUAUGUUCAGGAAACUCCUCAUCCUCCGAAGUCUUACCAGCUGCUUUGGAAGGAGCUUCGGAAUUCCGAAGCCAGAGGUAUGAUCCUAGGAUACAGACUCACAGUUGAGGACUUCCAGAAGAAGAGGAGGACGGAGAACAUCAGCCGCAGCCAGUUGAGUCGACAGAUCAGCUGCUCUCAGUGCAGAGUCACCCUGUCUGCCUUCAAUUCCAAAGGCCAUUCCCCUGCAGCCCACGUGGUCCUUCCACCACAGACAGGUAAACCUUCACCUCAAAGUGUAGCCUGCCGUCCGCACAGCAACACGAGUGGUCUCGCCAUCUCCUGGCAGAAGCCUGCCACUGCAGGGCCUGUCCGCGGCUACGUUGUGGAAUGGUUUGCAGCGAACCGAAAAAGGGAGCUCGGCUGGAAAAGGGUUAUUCCCGAGGAAUUUCGGACGACCGUCACAAAUGUUGAUCCUCGUGCGUGGUAUAAAGUUUCCAUCUAUGCCCUCUAUGCAGAAGGAGUAGGGAAGGGGGAUUUUCUGGAUGUUUGCUCUGUGUUGUGUGCUCCUGCCCAAGGGCCCAAUGCCAGGGUAAAAACGUGGAGCAACUUGAGUGUAACUGUGUACUGGGAGGAAGCUCCUGAAGAGCAGAGGGGUGGCUGCUUGUCAAGAUAUAAAAUCUUCCUCAAGAGCAGAACAAGUCAGAAGGAGUAUGGUCCAAUUCCCCCUUCCAUUAGGAAGUACACAACCGAGGCACUGCCUCCUGGUGAAUAUGAGGCUUGGAUUACAGGCUGGAUGAAUGCAAUGAGGGGAGCCAAGGGAAACUCUUGCCACUUCGUCAUCAUCCCUCAAGAAGAGGAGAAUCAGCAUGUCUUAGCCAUCAUAAUGGGGAUUUUAAGCUUCGUCACGUUGGCAUGUUGUCUGUAUUGCAUCUCCGCAGUACGGCAAAGACUCCUUGCGUGUUUUUGGAUGAUACCAGCUGCCAUUCCAGAUCCAGCCAACAGCAAAUGGGCAAAGGAAAGUGCAGCAGCAAAGGGGCAGUUGCUCCUUGACUACAAGUUAAAUCUCUGCUCCACGCCAACCACCGAAGAGCCACCAACGGUGGUGAUACAGGAGGACCCAGAGACCAGGGAGAUGUCGGAACCCGUUUUGCCUGUUGGAGGUAUCACAUGGGGUCCUGGCUCCUCCAGUUCCCCUGCCCCCAGUCCCACAAAAGGACGAGCACUGAGCUUGUACCUGUUGCCAUGUUCUGACAUGGAUGGACCCUGUUCAGAAAACGGUUCCAAGCAGAUGGAGAAUUGUGGAAUACUCAAGUCUAUUGAUUACAUCACCUCCAAUGGCCUGCAGGACAUGGACAGUGAGGAAGGCGAGGAUGAGGACGACUGCCUGGGUGAUUUCUUUCCCUGUCCUCAGGGACCCUUCAUACAGCCUCUCUUCCUGGGUGGCGGACAGCUGACUUUGAACGACGUGAAGAUAAACUGCAAAGCUUUCACAGACAGUCCUGACUUAAACAUGUUCGAACUAAUGAAUGGUCAUUAAAUCAGUGAAAACAUCUGUAUUUCUUCAAAGAAAUGGGGAACUGCACUAGUUUUCUUGCCAUCUGUUGUUAGUCUCUAUUGUUAUGAUACCAACUGAAUACCUAUCAGGAAUCUGUUCAUUAUGGGACACUCAAAGGGACAUUUGAGAUCAGAGCAGUCUCUACUUUGCCGCAUUAUUUGAUAAGUGUGGCAUUGAGUUAUGGGUGGUAACAAAAGUACUCCACAGGACACCUUCAUAAGCAUGAGUGAACAGAACACAGCAAAACGCAGGCUGCCCUAGACCAGAUGCUGCAAGGCAUUCAAGCAAAUAUCAAAUGAAAGCUGUAGUCUGAUGCUUUUGCUGUCCAAAUGUAACCAUUACCUGGAAGAGCUUGGUAUAUUACACUAAAACCACCACAACACUAGAACCCUCAACAAUGCUCUGUUGACAGGAGUGUCUACAUCAUCCUGUUAGCAAUACAUUUUCACUCAUAUGGACAACAUGCAACAUAUUGUGGGGUGGAGGGGAGGCAGUGCAAAGGCUUAAAAACCAUGGUGCACAAUGCAGGGUAAGACUGACAUCUGAUUGUAGUACACAUGGACCUGACAAAUGCUAUUUUAUGCCACCACUAUCACAUUUAAUUCUAACAGUCUGAAAAACUAGGACAAAGUGUGGUUGUUACUCAUGUAAUGAAAAAUACACCUGCAAAUACAGUCUGGAAUUAAUCUUUAACAAUGUAUACAAGCCCCUUCAUUAUAUAAUACUCAGCUUCAUAUAGUGUAUGAGAUACUGACAGAUGGCCAGUGUAGUGACUGUCCUGGAAGGACAGUGCUUAGAUUUCAGUGUCCGUGGAAGACGGCCAUUGGCUCUUGUCAUCCGCAGCUGUGUGUGUGUAACCCCAAGGCCCUCCGCCCUAAAAAAAUUCAUUCACUGUCAACGCUAAACAUAACACAUUGAUUCCCAAAUCCGCUCUUAGGUUGGCUAAUAUAGAGGUCUACUGUCCGUUUGUGAUGGGAUUUAUUCGUUGCCAAAGCUGCCAAUAACAAAAAAACCUUCCAUUUACCACAUAGUAUUUACAGGAAAAAAAAAAAAAAAAA